UAUACGCUUGAGACGCUGAUAUCUUUCGUUUGUGGCAUUUAAUGUUUUUUUUAUUAAGUAAUUUAGUUAAAUAUAUAUAUUUUUUAAUAAUAUUAUAAUUCUGUUAAAUGUAUUUGUUAAAGGAUUCUGUUAUUUGAAUUCUUUGAUAGCUAUUACAGUAUAAAUAUAUCACUUUUAGGUUAUUUACUUCUGACUUCGCGCCAAAAUUAAACAUCAAAUUUGCUAACCUUAGGGAUAUUGUUAACGUGAACAAAUCUAGAUAAAUAUCUUUUUGAUUUAACAGAAAAAUUUUUUGUUGUACCUCCUAUAUACAUUAAUUAGAUUUUUAUGUAAAUGAAGGAUGUAAGAUGUCCCAGCACGGUGCUGCAUUGCAAACAUAUAAUCAAGAAUUAGUAAAAUGUUUGGAAGAAAUGAAGUUGAGGCGAGCGGAACUGCAAACACAAAUUGAAUCGCAAGAAGAAGAGAAAAAUAAUCUACAGAGGGAAAUAGAAAAAAUGUCUCAUAAACUUACACGAUUAAAUGAUAGCCUUGCUAAAAGAGUAGCUGUUAGAAAUGAAUAUGACAGAACUAUUGCAGAUACUGAAACAGCAUAUAUGAAAAUUUUAGAAAGUUCUCAAUUGUUACUUAAUAUGAUAAAAAGAGAAGCUACAAAUUUAGAUCAAUCUUUAGUGAAGGCCAGUAUGGAUAAGCAACAAUUUAGACAAUGAUGAAAUAAAAAUAUCAAUAAAUUUUUUAGAAUGUAUUUAUUAAAACGUUCACAUUAUAUUAUCUAUUAAAGAAAUUGAUCUACCAGUUUGUAACAAGUACAAAAUUGUAAAUAUUUUCUAUAAGAUAAUAGAUUAUUUUGUAAUUAUACAUUAUACUGAAA